AUGAGCUACAGCUCUGCGAUCAGCGCGUGCGGGAGGGGCGAGCAGUGGGAGCGCGCUCUGGCACUGCUGGGCGAGAUGUGGAAGGCGAAGCUGGAGCCCGGCGUCGUGAGCUACAGCGCUGCGAUCAGCGCGUGCGGGAAGGGCGAGCAGUGGGAGCGGGCUUUAGUGCUGCUGAGCGAGAUGUGGAAGGCGAAGCUGGAGCCAGGCGUUGUCAGUUACAGCAUUGCGAUCAGCGCGUGCGGGAAGGGCGAGCAGUGGGAGCGGGCUUUGGCGCUGUUGAGCGAGAUGCGGGAGGCGAAGCUGAAGCCCGACGUGAUGAGCUACAGCGCUGCGAUCAGUGCGUGCGGGAAGGGCGAGCAGUGGCAGCGGGCCUUGGCGCUGCUGGGCGAGAUGUGGAAGGCGAAGCUGGAGCCAGGCGUCGUCUGCUACAGCGCUGGGAUCAGCGCGUGCGGGAAGGGCGAACAGUGGCAGCGGGCCUUGGCGCUGCUAAGCGAGAUGCGGGAGGCGAGGCUGGAGCCCAACGUCUCACCUACAGUGCUGGAAUUAGUGCUUGUGAGAAAGGCAGGCAGUGGCAGCGGGCCCUGUCGCUGCUCAGCGACAUGUGGGAGGCGAAGCUGGUGCCGAACUUGA